GCCGCCUGCCCCUGCGCCUGGCCAAGAUGGCGGACCGGCGGCGGCAGCGCGCCUCGCAGGACAGCGAGGACGACUCGGACUCGGCCGCCUCUGAUAGCGCCGACUCGGCCGCCAGCGCUGCCCGCUCCCGCUCCGCAUCCGGCUCCGCAUCGGGAUCCGGCUCACCCCGCCCGUCGCACCGCACGUCCCGGGGGGCCACCGGGGCCCUCAGCGCUGGGCCGCGGGGCCGCGGAGCCGAAAGCGCUGCCGGGGGUGCGGCCAAGAGCGCUCCGGAGUCGGAGUGUGAGAGUGAGGAUGGCAUUGAAGGAGAUGCCGUGCUCUCGGACUACGAAAGCGCCGAAGACUCGGAGGCAGAGGAGGAGGAUUACAGCGAGGAAGAGAGCGCCAAGGCGGAGCUGAAGCAGGACAGCAACGGCUCCUGCGAGUCAGCCGCGAAGGCAGGGAAGGCAGAGGAGAAAGCCGAGCCCCGGGGGGCGGUGACCGGCGAGCGGCAGAGCGGCGACGGGCAGGAGAGCACCGAGCCCCUGGAGAACAAGGCCGGCAAGAAGGUGCCCAGGCACCUGGACGACGACGAGGACAGGAAGAACCCGGCCUACAUCCCCCGCAAGGGGCUCUUCUUCGAGCACGACCUGCGGGGGCAGACGCAGGAGGAGGAGGUCAGGCCCAAGGGGCGCCAGAGGAAGCUGUGGAAGGAUGAAGGGCGCUGGGAGCACGACAAGUUCCGGGAGGACGAGCAGGCCCCCAAGACCAGGCAGGAGCUGAUCGCUCUCUACGGCUACGACAUCCGAGCCGCCCACAGCCCCGAGGACAUCAAGCCCCGGAGGAUGCGCAAGCCCAGGUUCGGGAGCCCUCCCCAGCGAGACCCAAACUGGGCCGGCGAGAGGCCCAGCAAGCCCCCGAGGCACCAAGGUGCAGACAGCACUUCAGCUCCCCCCAGAACCUUCACCAGCAGGAGCUCUGCAGGCACAGGGAGGAUGCCCCCUCCUAGGAGCUACCCAAGGCUGGGGGGCUACAAGGAGAGCCGCGGCAGCCACCGCGCCGCCGAGGCGCCGGCGCAGGACGGCAGCGCCCGGGCCCAGCGCGGCCGGCAGAGCCCGGCCAGGGACAAGUCCCCCGAGGCGCAGGCAGCCCACGGCCAGGGCAGCCCUGGCAAGGAGGAGGCUGCUUUGGACAGCCAGGCAGCAGCUGCUGAGGCUGCGCAGCCCCCCCCAGACAGGCCAGUGGAGAAGAAGUCCUACUCCCGGGCGAGGAGGACCAGGGCCAAGGCCGGGGACGCGGGGAAGCCGGCGGACGACGCGGCCGCCCCCGAGGCGCCGGCUCCUGCGCCCCCAAAGCCGCUGCAGGCCGAGGCGGCCUCCCCACCAGCCAAGAGCAACAGCUGGGAGGCUCCAGAGGAAGCCAGCCUGGAUGGACUGGAGCCAGAGAUGAGCCAAAUGAACCUGGCUGAGCAGAACUGGGCCCCGGGGCAGUCGCAGUUCAUCCAGCCCCGGGAGCUGAGGGGUAUUCCUAACCAUAUGCACGUGGGAACUGGGCCACCACCUCAGUUCAACAGGAUGGAGGAGAUGGCGGUGCAGGGCGGCCGAGUCAAGCGCUACUCGUCGCAGCGCCAGAGAGCGCCGGUGCCGGAGCCUGCGCCCCCCAUGCACAUCAGCAUCGUGGAGGGGCACUACUAUGACCCAUUACAAUUCCAGGGACCAAUCUACACCCACAGUGAGAACCCAGCCCCAAUGCCCCCCCAGGGGAUGAUUGUCCAGCCAGAAAUGCAUCUCCCUCCUCAUCCAGGUUUGCAUCCCCACCAGCCCCCAGCCCCCCUGGCAAACCCUGGCCUCUACCCUCCACCAGUCUCCAUGCCCCCAGGCCAGCCCCCCCCGCAGCAGCUGCUGGCUCCAACUUACUUCUCCCCUCCUGGAGUGAUGAAUUUUGGCAAUCCUGGCUACCCCUACCCCCCAGGAGCUCUUCCUCCUCCACCCCCUCCUCAUCUCUAUUCCAACACACAGGCCCAGUCCCAGGUGUAUGGAGGGGUCACCUACUACAACACUGUCCAGCAGCAAGUGCAGCCCAAGCCGUCGCCGCCCCGCCGCGCCUCCCAGCCGGUCACCAUCAAGCCUCCACCUCCCGAGGACAGCAAAGGGGAGAAGGCCAAGGAGAGGACCAACACGUAGGGCAGUGCCAGUGCCAGUGCCAGUGCCAGACUCAGCUCCUCAGCAGGGAGGAAGCUCCUCGGGAGAGGCUGCUGCCCUGCGCCUGGGGGAGGCAGCAGGAUGCCACCGGCUGCACCGUCCUGUGCCCAGGGCUGGGCACUUCCCUCCCUGGCUUUCCUGGUGCCCUCCCAAAGACCACCUGGCUGCUGCUGCUCUGCCCUCCCCCCUCCUGCACUGGGGCACUGAGGUCACCGAGGAACCAGCCCCCAGCGUCGGCCCUCUGGCCACGACCUCCCUCAGCGUCUCCCCCUGCGCCGCUGCCCUCUCCCCUCCCCCGGCUUGGUUGUGCUCUCUCCCCCUUUGUAUUUAAGAGCUGGAGCAGCUCCCUCAGUAAAGCUGAUUUGUUUCU